AUGGUGGAUGAGAAGCAGACAAGAGAAGAAUUAAUUUUGGCAUUAGGAGGGACUCCAACACCUGCAGCAUCCAGCCUGGUGAGAUGGGCCAAAGAGCUGGGAAACGCUCUCAAAGAUGCAUUGAAGCCAGCAUAUGAAAGUGCUCCAUACAAGUGGUUACGUUCUUUCUCAGCGGUGUCACCUGUACCCUCAGGGGAGGAUGAUUACGAGACCUGGAGGGAUUUUACUGUGCCACUUGUCCAAGAGUGGGAAUGCUCUGAUGCUGAGAAGCAGAAACGUGUGCUUGAGAGUCUGAGGGGACCUGCCAUGCGAAUUGUCCGAGCCCUGAAAGACUCCCAACCAGCUGCCACAGUGCAAGGCUAUUUAAUCGCUCUUGAGAGUGUCUACGGUGUUACUGAUAGCAGUGAAGACCUGUAUUAUCGUUUCCGCCAUACCUAUCAAGAGCCCCACGAACGAUCGUCGGAUUUCAUCAGGAGACUAGAGGAUUUGCUACAGCAGGUAGUGCGGAAGGAGGGCAUCCCCACCAAGUGCAUUGAUUCCGCUAGGUUGGACCAAAUCCUUCAGGGCACCUGGCAAGAUGGGUUGAUGUUGUGGCGACUGCAGCUGAGGGAGCGGGCCCAAAACCCAACCCCAUUCCACAAGCUCAUUCGAGAGAUACGUGAAGAGGAGGAGUGA